AUGUCGGACAGAAACCAGCUCCUUGCUAUGGGGUUUCCCCAAGACCGGGUCGAUUGGGCUCUCAGAGCAACGCAAAGCCGAGGACUUCAGCCAGCGCUUGACCACAUCAUCGAGAAUGAAGACAAAUCAAUUCCCAAUCUGGCUCUCGGGGCGGCAACCAUUCCCGACUCUGACUCUAGGCCGAAUCUAGACGGUGACGAAGUGGAUGAAGAUGACGCCGCUGCCAUUCGAGCAGCAAUGGGAAAAGCCACUGCCAACUCCAUCAAAUGCUCCCAAUGCGGAAAGACAUUCAAGAAUGUAGACCUCGCGAACUUCCAUGCUGAGAAGUCCGGACAUGAUCAAUUCGAGGAAUCCACGGAAGAGAUUAAGCCACUGACGGAAGCAGAAAAGAAGGCGAAGCUUGAAGAACUCCGAGCCAAGAUGGCAGAGAAGAGAGAGAAGAAAGCUAUCCUUGACGCCGGGGAGCAGAAGGCUAACGAGGCUUUGCGAAGGAAGGCUGGAAAGGACCAAGCGAAGGCACAGGAGGAAUUAAAGGCGAAACAGAUCCAGAAGGAAGUCGAGCAAAAGCGCAAAGACAAGAUUGAAGAUGCAAAAGCAAAGGCCGUGAUCAGAGCUCAAAUCGAGGCAGACAAAAAAGCACGAGCGGAGAAGGCAGCAAAAGAGAAGGCGCUUCGAGAGGGCAAGACAUGGACAGAUGCAGGUGUAGUCGAUGCCCCUGAAAGCAAGCCUGCCGCCCCCGUUACGGAGUCAUCCUCUGGUCUCAAAGGCUCUGACUACAAAGAUACGAGAUUACAGAUUCGUUCAGGCGGUGGACCCCCCAUGAGUCUCACCUUCCCAAGUGACAAAACCCUGUACGACGUUGCACUAGCUUUUGCUGAGAAGAAUCCGUCAUUUGGCGCAGACUCCGUUACUUUUACUAUGUCAUUCCCUCGGAGGGUCUUUACGAGGGAUGAAUUUGGGAACACCCUUCGCGAUUUAGGCCUCACGCCAUCUGCCGUCCUCCAGGCAACUUAG